AUGCCCCAAGCUGCUUCCAGCUCCGGCUCCACCUCUACUGCUCCUCAGGCUGCCCCGGCCUCGGAUGUUCCGAACCCUAAUGCCACUCCCAAUCCCGCAGAUGGAGCUGGACAAGAAGGGCGCACGUUACCUCGGUUUCGCUUCCAAGAAAGUCAUUGGCCCUGGAAGCUCGCCCUUCGUUUAAUCACCAUCGGAUGCGCUAUCGUUGGCAUGAGCACCUUGAUUUGGGCAGGCGUGGCAGCAGGAAGGUCGUCCUAUGACCAUUACUACUACGACGCCGGCAGCUGGGUCGGAGCGCUCUCCAUUCCACUGAUUUGCUCCCUCAUCUUCAACAUCAUUUGCGUCGUCAUCUUGUUCUGCUCCAAGCGCCCUGUCCACCCUGGUGUGGCCGUUGGUGUGGACCUCGUUCUUUGGCUGACGUUCAUUGUCACUGGAUUCUUUGGCCUGUUGGGAUACUUCUACACCGGAGCCACCGACCCUGAAAGCUUCGAUGACCGGUACGGCUCCAGUAGCACUUCCUACCCCGGCUAUAUCUACUGCGAAUCCAAUGAUUACAUCUACGAUCCCUCCGACCGCACCUGCACCUACUCGCCGUCGGAUUGCCCGGGCUGGUCCAGCUGCGAAACAAAGGAAGCCUUCUACGAAGCCGAGUAUCGCGGCCGCGUCAUACUGGUCGGCGUUAUCUUCACCUGGAUUUGCACCCUCCUGCACUUCAUCACCUUUGUCUGGGCAUGUGUCGACACGCACCGCCGAAGAAGGUCAAAGCAAACGGAAAUGGCUGGAUUGGCCGCCGAGAAGAUUAUCAACGAGAUGAUCGCAACUGGUCAGCUUGUCAGACCGGCGCCGGCUAUGGUGGCAGGCUACUACCAUCCUCAAGGGAGGGGUCAGCCAAUAAUGGGGUCUUCUCUUCCAACUGUCCAGGAAUUCUACAGCCCAGCGCCACGUGCCCCUCCGGCAGCGGCGAAGGGACCAGAGCAGGUGUGA